AAACAAGGUUACAACGAUUAAAGCAAACAGGUUUUUGUUCAUCCAAAUCACAAUAAAUUUUCUUCUUCUUACCAUGGGAAUCUCCACUAAUUAGAAAAAUGGCAUCAUCUCGCAAUGAGCUAGAUUAAAUCACUACAAACAUGUCGUGUUACCCGAUCGUUUGUUUCUUGUUCUUCUGUCAGGUUUUAGCCCAAGAGCGUCUCCAGAUUGUUAAUUUGGAUGCACAGUGUUUCCGAUGUUUGUGUUACGCAGCCACUAAAUGUAAUUUGACUCUUGGCUGUGAUGGAGGAUAUUGUGGGCCGUAUAAAAUCAGCAAAAUCUAUUGGAAGGAUGCUGGGGAAGUGAUUUUGCCAGAUGAUGAAAGGGAGAGGGCUGGAGCUUACGAAGACUGUGCCAUUUCGUAUCAAUGCGCCCAAAGAGUUGUUCUCAAUUACAUUGCCAAGUAUGGAAGGGAUUGUAACGAUGAUGGAGUAACGAAUUGUGAUGACUUUACCAUGAUUAAUUUUAAUGGUGGUUAUCAGUGCAAAGCGACAUUGAGUCGAAACGAAGCUGGACAGUCGUGGCUGGAACGGUAUCGGCUCUGCAACCCGGAAACGCUAUUGUAGAAUAUUAUAAUCGGAAAUUUUGUAAUUCUUGGUAAAUGAAAGGCAAGGUUGUGAUUUUUUUAAUUUAGUUGACGGGAUCAUCAGACUGGCGACCACUUUGUAAGUAAUUACGAAUGAUUAAAACAUUGUUAGCAGUUC